AUGCAGCCACCACUAGAUGGCCAGGGAACAUUCCACGGAAUGGGAAUUAUUGCUGUUUCCUUUCCGAAAGAUGACAUCCCCCUCGUAUCAAGAUCGCGUGUGAUCAGUAGACAACCGCGUUUGAAUUUGGACGAGCUGGUAAAUGAUAAAGGAGUACCAAUUUCCCAGUACACUAGCCCACCAGACAAGGGCUUGGCAUCAAUUAUCUACAAACAAAUUCUUCACUUGCAGGUUCUGCAUACAUUGCCACCUGAACUAUGCUUUGACUUGAUUUGGCACUCUGGGUGUAUUUUCAGCAAAGCAACACGACCAAGAUCAAAUUGGUCGGGCUUUAUGCAGCAUGUGUUCUCUAAUAACCGGCAUACGACUCCAAAGUGUGAAGUUCUACCAAUCAUUGAUUUAAAUCCUUUUGAUGAAUCCUGCAUAUACCCAACUUUAGUUUAUAUCUAG